AAAAAGGUUUAAAACUAUAAAAUGACAUUUUUUAGUAAUAGAGAUAAAACGUUCUAGAAGAAAACAUAAAAGAAAAUAUUUAAAAAUCAAUAAGAAAAUGAAAAUUUACUUUUUUAUGUUGUAUAUUUUACAUCAAUCGCUAGGAAUUCCUUUAACUCCUUGUAAUCCAGUAAACUGUUUAGUUGAUCCCUGCCAAUUUUAUCAGUGUCCUAACGGCUAUCAAUGCGUAUCAAACUAUUGUAACGGAUGCAAAGCAGUUUGCAAACCUUGUAAAACUUUUCAUUGCUUCAUUGACCCUUGUAAAGCUUAUAGCUGCCCUGCCGGUUCUCAAUGUAUCCCUAACUACUGUAACGGAUGCUACGCAGUGUGCAAAUAUGAAGUUAUGAAAGAUUCGACUAAAGACAAAACCGACGAAUAAGCAGAUAAAUACAGAUGAAUUUAGCCACUGUAAUGAUUUAGAAAAAAACCUUUAAUUAAAAGUUUUAUGUUUUUAUA